UUCCCGGGUUCCUCUCACCUACUUCCCAUCCACACCUGAGGCAACCAUUCUUCUUAGUUUCUUGUUUUUCCUUCUAUUUCAUUUUAAACAAAUCACCAGAUACACAUACUUUGUUAUACUUCCUUUUUUUCCUUCACAAAAGAUAGUACACUACCUUUUUCACAUUGAAAAUCAUUUCAUAUCAUAGAGAUGAGUGUAUAUAUUUUAAAUGUCAUUCAUGUAUUCAGAAGAUUGCAUCUAGCAUGGCGUUUAUGGAGAAUAGCAGUAGCGUGAGCACCCAUUAAACACACCACACCAUUAAGGAGAACAUUUCCAGUACAGCUGCAUCUGUCUGUGUGCUCCUCCCCAACCCAGCUCUCAUUUUCUCACCCCUAGGGGUAAUAACUCUCUUGAAUUUUGUGUUAAUAGUAGCCUUACCUAUUUUAAAAAAUAAUUUUAUCACAUAUACAUGUGUCUGUAAAUAAUGUGAUUAAUUUUCUUUGUUUUUGAGCUUUAUGAAGACGGCAUCAUGGUGUCUGUAGUCUUCUGGGACGUGCAUAACUCAAUGUUAUGUUCCUAAAUUCAUCCAUAUUGUCUCCAGUCCUUCUCAGAGGGAGACCAGGUGAUGGCAGCCAUGCUUCUGACAGCCUGGCCCCAGAAGUCGGUGACCUUCGAGGACGUGGCUGUGUACUUCACCCAGACGGAGUGGGAUGGCCUGUCCCCUGCACAGAGGGCCCUGUACAGGGAUGUGAUGCUGGAGAAUUAUGGGAAUGUGGCCUCCCUAGGAUUUCCCCUUCUCAAGCCUGCUGUGAUUUCACAACUGGAGGGAGGAGGUGAGCUGGAGGGCCCAUCUUCAUUGACCUCUGGAACAGACACAGGCCCCCAGGACCUCUGGACUGUAGAUAUUGAUAUCCAGACUGACAAUAAUUUGACAGAGGAAAUGUAUGAAGAAAAACAUAAUACAUCAUUUGAACUUCAAAGGAAGUCUUCCCAGGAAACAGACUUUGCAGGAACCUAUAUUCUAGAGAAACAGCAGGAAUUCCACUCAGUAGGAAAUAUGAAGAAAGAAAACAGCAGUGUCAUUGAUGGGACAGUAAAAGACAAUAUAAGCCCCAUGGAGGAGUGUUUCUUUAGUCAAAGUCCAAACUUGAAUCAGUGUCAUACCAUCUCCACUGGAGAGCAGUCCCCUGAGUGUACAGGAUUGGAGAAAGCCUUCAGCUUUGACAUAAAAGUUAUUCAACAUGAAGUAAUUAAUUCUGGGGAAAGACCUUUCAAAUGUGAAGAGUUAGUGGAAAACUUUAGGUGUAACUCUCAACUUAAUCAGGAUCAGGAUAGGUACACUGGGGGAAAGCUGCAUCAGUGUAAAGAGUGUGGCAAAGCUUUUAGCGUUAAUGCAAAGUUAACUUGGCAUCAAAGACUUCACAGUGGGGAGAAGCCAUUCAAAUGUGUAGAGUGUGGAAAGACCUUCAGUUACAGUUCCCAUUAUAUCACACAUCAGACAAUCCACAGUGGGGAGAAGCCCUAUCAGUGUAAGGUGUGUGGAAAGGCCUUCAGCGUUAAUGGGAGUCUAAGUAGACAUCAGAGAAUCCAUACAGGAGAGAGGCCCUAUCAGUGCAAGGAGUGUGGAAAUGGCUUUAGCUGCAGUUCUGCAUAUAUCACACAUCAGAGAGUCCACACUGGAGAGAAACCUUACGAGUGUAAUGACUGUGGGAAAGCUUUCAAUGUUAAUGCAAAAUUAAUUCAACAUCAGAGGAUCCACACUGGAGAGAAACCUUAUGACUGUAAUGAGUGUGGGAAAGGCUUCAGGUGCAGCUCCCAGCUUAGGCAGCACCAGAGCAUCCACACUGGAGAGAGGCCCUAUCAGUGUAAAGAGUGUGGAAAAACCUUUAGUAAUAAUGCAAAACUCACUCAGCAUCAAAGAAUUCACACAGGGGAGAAACCCUACGAGUGUACUGAAUGUGGAAAAGCCUUUGGCGUCAAAGGGAAGUUAAUCCAGCACCAGAGAAUCCACACGGGUGAGAAACCCUAUGAGUGUAAAGAAUGUGGAAAAGCCUUCAGGUGUAACUCCCAGCUUCGGCAGCAUCUGAGAAUCCACACCGGGGAGAAGCCCUAUGAGUGUCAUGAGUGUGGAAAGGCCUUUAAUGUUAAUGCAAAACUAAUGCAGCAUCAGAGGAUUCAUACUGGGGAGAAACCCUUUGAAUGUAAUGAGUGUGGGAAAUGCUUUACUUCUAAAAGAAACCUACUUGAUCAUCACCGAAUCCACACUGGAGAAAAGCCUUAUCAAUGUAAAGAAUGUGGGAAAGCCUUCAGCAUCAAUGCCAAACUAACUAGGCAUCAGAGAAUACACACUGGGGAGAAACCUUUCAAAUGUAUGGAGUGUGAGAAAGCAUUUAGCUGUAGUUCUGACUAUAUUGUACAUCAGAGAAUCCAUACUGGAGAGAAACCCUUUCAAUGUAAGGAGUGUGGAAAAGCCUUCCAUGUUAAUGCCCAUUUAAUUCGGCAUCAGAGAAGCCACACUGGGGAGAAACCCUUCAGAUGUGUGGAGUGUGGCAAAGGCUUCAGCUAUAGUUCUGACUGUAUUAUACAUCAGACUGUCCAUACUUGGAAGAAACCCUAUGUGUGCAGUGUGUGUGGGAAAGCCUUCAGGUUUAGCUUCCAACUUAGUCAGCAUCAGAUCGUCCAUACUGAAGGAAAAUCCUAAUGAGAAGGAUGUAGAAAACUGUCAAGGUUAAUGCUGAACUAGAUCACGAAUCCUCAGAGUCACUCUGGUGGAAAACCCUGAGAGGGAAAUGAAUAUGGCUGAGUCUUCACAAGGAAACAAAUCUUUUCCAUUUUAUUCAAUUUUAGAUCAAGAGUGACAACCAGCUUUAAAAUAACACCCCAAAAUAAGUAGUUUGUUUUAUACCAACAACCAAUAGAAAAUAAAAUGAAAAAAUAUCCCAUUCCCAACAGCAUCAAGAAAAGUUGAUUUUCUAUAUAUAAAUUUUAUUAUUACGUAGGACCUAUGUGGAGAAAUUAUAAAUCUCUGCUGAGAGGCACAAAAGGAAAGUUAAAUGUGGGGAGAGAGAGUGAUACUUGUUCUUGGAAAAACUCAUAAAGAUACUGUCUACCUAAAUUAAUUUAUUGCCUGUUCACUUUUGACAACAAACAUGCAUCACUUUUGUAAAGGGG